UAAAAAAAAAAAAAAAAAGGGAGCAGAGUUUAGCCGGAUUUGACUUCCACAAUUUCAUAAUCCAAAUAGUAAAUUGUUAUUAAAGAAAAAAAAAAAAAAGUAGUUCAUGACAAUGGUCCAUCAAAUUUCAGAAACAAUUCUUAUUCUUUUUAGUUUCCUUUAAACUCAAAUAUCACAUUUUGAAACGACGUCACUUGUCUGUGACUGGCGUUGGACUGACACGACUCUAACCAAAGCCUUGGUAGUUCAUGCCAAGCGGUUUUUGUAUUCUUCAAAUCAGAUAUAUAACCACUGUCUAUUCAUUCUUUGCCAAUUUUUUCGCUUUAACCUUUUCUUGUGGUUAACCGCUCACGAGUUUAAUCUUUAACCAGAAUUUUAAUGUAGCAAAGUCUACAGAAAGAAACAUCAGUUACCGUCUGUCUUCAGUCACCAAGGAGUCAAGAUGAUAGGAUCGUUUCUAUCAAGAGCCCUUAUAAUGAUUUUUGGGUAUGCUUAUCCAGCUUAUGAAUGUUUUAAAGUAGUGGAGAAGACAGAAAGUGAAAUGGAGCAACUCCUGUUUUGGUGCCAGUACUGCAGGAUUUUAGUUGCGAUGCUUACGGUCUGUGAGAGAGUAGGGGACAAUUUACUCUCAUGGUUGCCAAUGUACAGUGAAGCAAAGUUGGCAUUUUUUAUAUAUCUUUGGCAUCAAAAAACAAGAGGAACAAUGUAUGUUUAUAACUGUUUUUUCCAGCCUUUUGUGAGAAAACAUGAGACUGAAAUUGAUGAUCGUUUGUUGGAGCUUAGAGUUGAGGGUGGGAGGAUGGCACUUGUUUAUUGGGAAAAGGCUGCAAUUUAUGGACAGGCAAAGCUUUUUGAAAUUCUGCAGUUUGCUUCUUCUCAAUCAGCAUUAUGGUGUCACUUUGGUCAGCAAGAACCAAAUGCCGCCACAAAUGGAGAACCUCCUGUUUCUGAUCAGAUUAGCUUGGAUACCAAAGAAAGGCAGUGUAAAGAACCCAACUCACAUUCCCAGCAGCCACAUGAUCAGCCGUCUAAUGAUUUGGAAAAGAUGCCAAAUGAACCAUCAGCAUCAUCAUCCUCCAGAGGAAGUGAAAAUUUAGUAUGCUCUCAGCAAGAAACAGAAACAGUUAUUAGAGAAUCAGUUCAGAUAGCUCGUGGCAAAUGGAGAUUAUUCCGGAGUGCAGCAGCCAAACCGUUAAACGUGUAGUUUCUUGCCUUCAUGUAAAUGCAAGAUGCUUAACUGCAGAAACUGUUUCAAUUAUCAUUUAUCAUGUAAAUGGCUGAUGCAAGUGGGUGACAUUAUAUUCUUAUUUCUUCUUCUUAUUAUUGUUACUAUCAUUCUUUCUCUUCUUCUUAUUAUUGUUACUAUCA